CCGCCAUCUCUCUUGUGAAUAACGAAAAUGACGACCAUCUCCAUGCAAGCUACCUCUCUGGUAACAACAACGAAGAUUAGUUUCCGAAAGCCAACGUUGGUUACAAAUCAUGGAAGGAAUAAUCUCUCUUUCAACCUAAGCCGCACUCGCCUCUCAAUCUCUUGCGCGGCCAAACAAGAGACGGUAGAGAAAGUAUCUGAGAUAGUCAAGAAGCAACUAUCACUUAAAGACGAUCAAAAAGUCGUUGCAGAAACCAAGUUUGUCGAUCUUGGAGCAGAUUCUCUCGACACGGUUGAGAUAGUGAUGGGUUUGGAGGAAGAGUUUGGUAUCCAAAUGGCAGAAGAGAAAGCUCAGAAGAUUGCAACAGUUGAGCAAGCUGCUGAACUCAUUGAAGAGCUCAUGCAAGCCAAUAAGUAA